GCUCGCUCACACCUGGGCUGCUCCUCCUCCGCCAAGCGCGCGCCAUCCAAUGAGCUGGGACCUCCUCCGCUCCGGCUCUCUGCGCCUCAGCCGCAGCAUCAUUCCCUUUCCCUAGCCUGGAUCCCACUCUGCAGGCUCAAUCCGGGAGACAGCUCACCAUGGCUGACCUGGGAGAGGGAGAGGAUGAGAUCCAAUUCCUGCGAACAGAUGAUGAAGUGGUUCUACAAUGCUCGGCUACAAUUCAAAAAGAGCAGCAGAAGCUCUGCCUGGCAGCUGAAGGCUUUGGAAACAGACUCUGCUUCCUAGAGUCCAUCUCCAACUCCAAGAAUGUUCCUCCAGAUCUUUCCAUCUGUACCUUUGUGCUGGAGCAGUCCCUAUCUGUCCGAGCCCUUCAGGAGAUGCUGGCCAGCACAGAGGAGAAGGCUGAAGGGGCGGCCCAGGGUGGUGGACAUCGCACUCUGCUGUAUGGACACGCUGUUUUACUACGACACUCCUACAGCGGAAUGUUUUUGUGCUGUCUGUCCACCUCGCGAUCGUCUACAGACAAACUGGCUUUUGACGUGGGACUGCAGGAGGAAACGACAGGUGAGGCAUGCUGGUGGACCAUCCAUCCAGCAUCAAAGCAGCGUUCAGAGGGAGAGAAGGUUAGAGUGGGAGAUGAUCUCAUCCUGGUCAGCGUCUCCUCUGAAAGAUAUCUGCAUCUGUCCUAUGGGAAUGGCAGCCUGCAGGUAGAUGCAGCCUUCCAGCAGACACUAUGGAGUGUGGCUCCCAUCUGUUCUGGCAGCGAAGUAGCACAAGGUUUCCUAAUAGGAGGGGAUGUUUUGCGCCUCCUCCAUGGACAUAUGGAUGAAUGUCUGACUGUUCCAUCUGGGGAACAUGGAGAGGAACAAAGAAGGUCAGUGCACUAUGAAGGAGGAGCAGUUUCGAGUCACGCUAGGUCCCUGUGGAGACUGGAGACACUGCGCGUCAUGUGGAGUGGGAGUCAUAUCCGAUGGGGUCAGCCUUUCAGACUCAGACAUGUGACCACAGGGAAAUAUCUGAGCCUGACUGAAGACAAGUCUCUUCUUCUGAUGGACAAAGAGAAAGCCGAUGUGAGGUCCACUGCCUUCUGCUUCAGGUUGUCCAAGGAAAAGCUGGACCCUGGUGUGAGGAAGGAGGUGGACGGGAUGGGUACACCAGACAUUAAAUAUGGUGACUCUGUGUGCUAUAUUCAACAUGUCAACACCUCCCUGUGGCUUACAUACCAAACUAUUGAUGCAAAGUGUGCACGCAUGGGUGGAGUACAGAGAAAGGCCAUCAUGCACCAUGAAGGUCACAUGGACGAUGGGCUCACUCUGUCUCGGUCACAACAUGAGGAGAGCCGGACUGCCAGGGUCAUCCGCAGUACCGUCUUUCUCUUCAACAUUUUCAUCAGGUGUGUUCUGCUACACACUCUCACCUUCACACUUUAUUUACUAGAGAUGUCACAACAGAGCACUGACAGUUUGAGUAAAACAAGUAAGUGCAUCUUCUAAGCAUCAUCUCACACA